AUGGCGGAGUACAAGGAAGAUAACGUCGACGACAACAACAAUAAAAACAAGAGGAAGCGAGUAUCGCAGCACGAGGACUUGGACGGUUGCAACUCGGCCGAGUCGAAACUCGCCCGAGUUGACUCAGUUGACUGGGAGGAGAACUCGGCCGGAGCGAACGUUGUCGAUGCUGAUGCGUGUAACUCCGGUUACUCUUCCGGUGUGGACUCGCCGGCUGCGAAGCGAAUUGAGGACGAUUUGCUUAGCAGCAUUCUCGACGAGUCUGAUCCUGAUCCGGCGAUCCAGGGGCUCGAUUCGGUGAUUAAGAGCUUUGAAGAGGAGAUUCUUUUCCCCAGGGAGUUGCCACCGGUGGUGACGUCAGCUUCCGGCGAACAGAGGCCGGAGAUUGGUUAUCUUUUCGAAGCUUCUGACGACGAGCUGGGCUUGCCUCCGGCGCUUUCUGCCGGAGACGAGGAGAACGCCGGAGAAACCGUUGAUUUGAACGAGAUCGAACCUGAGCCGUUCUUUCCAUGUGAUAAUAUCGGUUUGACUUUUGACGACGGAAUGUUGAGUUACGACCCCUUAAAAUUCGGAACCGGCGGUGAUUCAGAUAAUAACGAAUUUUCUCAUGAUUUUAUCACAUUAGGGGGAGGUUUAUUCGAUAGUUUUGAACCAGCCGAAAUAUCGGAACAUUCGUGGCGGCAAGAGUCGCUUUCGGCUUCGUAA